AUGGCCGACACAUGCAUCAUGGCAUGAACCAGCACGCCCGUACGACCAAUCGUCGACACCAUACCUGCCCUUACCGUAAUCGCAUGCAUCUGCAUCUGAUGUCGUGAUUAGCGUACCUUUAUUGCAAUGAACACCGCCUCUGGAUUUUCAGAUCCCCUCGUCUCCGAUACCCCGCUGCCCUUCCACGAGCUAUGCACGCGCAUCAAUGACCGCAUAGCUACGUUUCUCGACGCCAAGGAUGUAUCAGAGCGCGUCAAGAAUGUGCAGGAGCAGACUCGCACGUCGCUGAGCGUCAUAGGGGAGGCACUGGACAAGUACAGUCUGCAAGAGCUCUCCCUAUCGUAUAAUGGCGGCAAAGACUGCCUCGUCCUUCUCGUGCUAUACCUCUGCGCCAUGCACAGACGGGGCCUGACGCAGACGUCGAAUCCCUCGUCCAGCAUCGAGACCGCGGUGCAGUGCGUAUACAUACAAGACGCGCAUCCCUUUCCCGAGGUCGAGGAGUUUGUCGCGCAUAGCAGCAAGAUAUACUCGCUGGCCCUUUUGGAAUAUGCAAAGCCUAUGAAAGCGGCCUUUGCCGACUACUUAAAAGACACUCCGUCGGUCAAGGCGAUAUUAGUGGGGACACGGCGGACGGAUCCGCAUGGCGAGCAUUUGAAGCAUUUCGACCCAACAGACUCAGGGUGGCCGGCCUUUGUACGGAUACAUCCCGUCAUAGACUGGCACUACGUGGAUAUAUGGACGUUUAUACGCUUCCUCAACAUACCCUACUGUUCUCUAUACGACCGUGGAUACACCUCGUUAGGCGGGACGACUGAUACGCACCCGAACCCGAAGCUCGUGCGCCAACCGUCUACGCAACAAGUACCGCAAGCCGAGAGAGAGAACGGCGCCCCGAAGCCCAAGUUCAGGCCGGCAUACGAACUGGUAGAUGACUACGAGGAGAGGUUAGGGAGAGAUAGGUAGAAACAUGGUAAUAUUGCAUAUGCAUUGUAUCUGUGUUCUGUUGCAUCGCGCGAUGACAUUCAUUUCAGUUAACAACACGCGCUUUAUACUCGCAGGUAGCGGUUACUUUCCAGAUUUUAGGAACGAGU